CUUUUCUUCUUGUAAACUUGAUCAUCACAUCAUCAUCAUCUCCAGCAGCAGCAACUCUGCUCUGCUCUCUCGUAUCCUCCAUCCAGUUGAGAAUACAGAAAAGUAGUGGCAGCAGCAGCUGAAUGUUCAGCUCGGCUCAGAGGUCGAUCGGUCGGUAACAAAAAAGCCCCAUCAUUCUCGUCAUUUUUCAUCCCCCGCAACUACACCCACCGCAGGGAGACAAAGGUUGUUGUUGUGUGUGUGUGUGGUGGUGUGGUGUUCAAUUGACAGCGGGGUGGGUUCAAGGUCGGACAGGUAUUUGGUCUUUGUUGCGCCACAGUUACUAAAACUAAGGUCAUAGAGGACGACGAGGGACACCAUUGAGUGUCGGUUCUUCGAGUAGGACGAGUUUUCGAUUUGCUUAUCAUUAAGGCGAGGGCGAGAUGCCAGGAAUACAGUGUUCGUACGGGGACGUGACGAGAGUGGACGUUCCAAUCCCGUUCUUCUUGAGGGAAUCGGCAUUCCUUGAUUUCGACAAUGAAAACUACUCGUGGGAGGCGGAUGAAGAUAUCACUGUGUUGGUCAAGUGCAGUAAAAGGCCUGCACCUAAGACAUCUCCAAGGGAUGAUUUAGAUGCUUCUGAAGCAUCAAAUAUUGGAGGGUGUCCUCUCGAGUGUCCCUUUGACCCAAAUGAGAAUUUUGAAGGGACAAAUAAACCUAUAGGGCCACCUCCAGUGUUUCAUGGGUUGGACUUUUCAAUGGUUCAAUAUGAAGCGAUGGACCUUCCCACUUGCCGGGGUUUGGUGAAGAAGAUCUAUGAGGGCGAUGAAAUUACCGUGCACAGCCUGUGCUUGGACCAGGUGUCGGGCAAGCUGGCAUACACCACUCCAAUUUACGUAGCUUGCGAUGGAUCGCCAAAUGCAAAGGACCUUGUCAUGAUUGGUUUUCACGAUGAAAAGUUCCUGGAAUUAAGAAUGAUGGGACCUUACAAACGGCAGUCUACUCAACUUAAUUUGGAUCUCUUUCUCGCAUAUCAUCAGCAUCUUCCAAAUGUGAACCCAGUGUCCGUAACUCGCCAGGUUCAUGCGGUCUACGAAAAACUUCACGGCGAACAUGUAUCGCAAGGAAAAGUUUUCAUGGAGUUCUUAUGGAAUGAUCCAAAGUCACUGUUCGAACCACCGCCAACUGAUAGCGCUAGUGCUAAAUUGGCCAUUCAACCCAGACCGGGUGACGCAAAUCCGUACUUACAAAAGCUCUGGGAAGAAAUCGCAGGCUUAGAGAAGCUCCUUGAUAUGUGGGACUCGACUAAAGCCAGCGAGGCAGAUAAAACCAAUUUGAGCUGUUCUAUCCUUGGAAGUGAGUCUGAGGUAGCUUUAGAAAUGCACAAUUUACUGAGUCUUCAAGCUGGUCCAGCGUGGAGGAAAGGAUGUGCAGAGUAUUCAGAUUCAAUGGACGACGCUCUUCAGAAAGUUGCUACCGUCGAUCGGCAUGAUGUGGAUUUUGUGGAUAGAGUGUGGAAUAUCCUAAGAAAUACCGCUUCAUGGGAUGAUUUGAUUGAGUGCUUCCAUGUCAUGUUCAAAGCUGUUGAAGGAAAGAUGUAUCGACCAUAUCUGCUCCCAUCCAACCAGUCGCUUCUCAGUGAACUACUGAAGGGGGUUAUGACAAAUCAAAUCACAAAUUACAGAGCCAAACUAAGCCCAUCAUUGGUCGUUGAAGUUGCUUUGGAUUGUGGACUACAUAAGCUUUAUAAGGACUACGCAUUCAUCCUUGGGACUUGCCAUCUCAUAGAACCUCGUGAUGCCAAGGCUUUCCUUCCUCAACGACGUUUGUACAAGGAGUCAUUGCAGUGCAUCAAGAAGCUGCACUGUAUUAUGGAAGUUUUAUGUCUUUCUCGAGAGAGGUUGUCCUUGGCAAUGACUGAACAGGAAAUUCAAACUCGAAAAUUACUUGAAUAUUUCGCCAAAAAUCCAUUAAAUUGGGACAAAACUUUUCACUUCGACAUUCCCAUGAAUACAAUCUCUCCGAUACUCACAGGUUUGCAUCCAGUUUACUGGAAUCUUAAGUUGGAAUCCAGCACUGCCCUUCGUGUUGCUCGCACAAAUGCGGUACUGGCCCGAGAUUUCUUUAUAGGUCAUGCGAAGAAGUUUUAUGUAACUGCCGACGGGACUAUGCCUCGAGGAUACUACCUUUACGUUCAUCGAGUUGCUCAGCGUAAAAUGUGAAUUCUUCGGCUUAUUAGAUAAACAAAAUUCAUCGUCCGUAAUAAAUCAGCCAAUCUAAUUUUUUCACUUGUGGAUAGGAAUCCCUUGUUUAUCUAUUUUAUUCAAUGUAUAUGCUUUCAGUGUAUUUUUGUUUUUGUUUACAAUUUGUUAAUUUCUUCAACUGUAUUCGAAGUUAUCGCUUUCCAAAUCAUGUCACGUGUUUAAAAAUGUAUUUGUCGAAACGUGGCUCAGUAUAUGAUGUGCUAUGAUUAUAUAUAUGUAUGUAUGAUGCGUGUUCAAAUGUUCUCGUAACAAUUUUGCAAAUACAACGGCCAAGCGCACAAUACAAAAUUCAAUAAAUCUUAGGCUAGUCGUUCGUACUACUACAACUUCAAUAGACUACUUAUCCUUAGAACUGUUACUUUGAAUCUACAUAGAACAAUAAUAUGUAGUAAUGUCGUAAUAACUUUAGCUCGUCUCGUCAGCGAAAGCCUUAAUAUUGAGACGGAUUUUUGUCUCCUCUUCCAUGCUAACAUUAUUAGAUACCGGUAACACAUGAGGUAUGUACAAUUCCUAGAGGAAAACCUACCCUCGCUAAUAUGUAUAAGUAAGUAGAAUAAGAUAUGCACUUCUUCGAAAGUUUCCCAUUUACAGUAUUUUAUAAGGUUGGCGCUGUGGAGUAAUUUUUUGUAUUCAGCAUUUCGAUUUCGACUACUACGUACAAUUAUAAAAAAGUAACAUACCUGUACAGACUUUUAAUAAAUUUUGUGUCUUAAAGUAUCUGAAA